AUGGAGAAAGACACCCAAUUUCAGGCAAUAUGGGACCAGGCCAAAGAGAGGUACCGAGCCCUGACGGAAAUUGACCUCGAUGACCCCUCCGCGCCGCAUCCGGUCUCUACGGCGGCCCUGGUGACUAUGCUUGACACCCAAAACCACGAGUUCAAGCACUUUCGUGAGAAGCGCUCUCUGGUAUUCGACUCCUUAUCAUCUGCCUGCAAACCGAUCGAGCUGGUGGGUAAUCUGGCCGCCGGGACCGCAUCCAUGGCCUUUCCACCUAGUUCACUUUGCUUCGGCGCCGCUAUGUACCUCGUCAAUGCCGCCCACGGCGUGUCUGCUUCCUACGACGCCAUCGCUGACCUUUUCAUCACGCUGAAAGACUUCUUAGUGCGCCUGCAGGUCUAUAAUCGGGAAGACCUGCCGACGGAGCUGCAGGCUAAGCUGGCGGAGAUCCUAGUCACGUUGCUGGAGAUCUUCGCGCGAUCGACAAAGGUGGUUCGGGGCGGGUCCCUGGGCCGCGUGCUGCAUUUUACCAAGAACAUCCUUCUCGGUCGGGAUGAGACGCUGCAGGGACUGGUAGGUAAACUGGAGAAGCAGUGUCAGAGUGAGCAUCGCCUGGUGGGCGCCGAGACGUUGACCGAGUCAAAAAAGACCGGCAAAGCUGUGGCCGGCAUUGCCGUGACCGUCACUGAGACGAGCAUGGCCGUACAGGAAGGCAAUAUCAAGAUCGAUGAGGUGAGCCUGGGCGUGCAGAGCAUAUCGGUUGGCCAGCAGGAUUUCCGCCAGGAGAUGCGUGAAGAGAUUAAAGGCGUCAUGGCGGCCAUCGUCUCGACCGGUGGGAGCGGGAACGGUACGAAGGACAUACAACACCAGGCGGCGAUCAAGAAGAUCCUUGAACCCUCAGUGAGCCCUCUGGAUAUCUAUAAUGACAUCGCGAAGCGUCGGGUGCCGGGAACCGGCGACUGGAUCCGCACGGAGCAGCUGUUUCGCGCCUGGACAGACCAAGAGAACCCUGUCUUGUGGGUCUCGGGCAACCCGGGCAGUGGCAAGAGCUUCCUAUCGGAGAAUAUCAUAUCCUUCUUGCAGGAGAUGCACCCGCAGGGAGUGAGCCACCCGUCUCGGACGUCCAUCGGCUACUUCUUCUUCAAGGACAGCAACCCGGAGACCCGGAGCUUCCACCGAGCCUUGCGUGACUUGGCAUAUCAGAUCUACCAGAAUGAUCCCCUCUAUCAGAGAUACAUCCAGCAGAAUUGCCAUUCCCCGCAAGAUGUCAAAACCAUUCAAAGCGCCUGGCGGACGCUGUUUAUCAACUAUUUCGCCGACACCACGGCCGGAGAUAGUAGCGUCUUCCUCGUGUUUGACGGCGUGGACGAAGCUUUCCAGGAGGACCGCCAGACCUUCUUGGGGCUGUUAUCUGAUCUUCGGCGGGCCGACCCGCACAACAUGAGGAUUCAAAUCGUGUUGGUGGGUCGUCCGGAGAUCUUUGAUGACCUCGCUGAGGCCCUGGACGUCUCGCUACCUACCAUCCACGUGGACUGGCGCAAAAACAGCAGUGACAUCGCCCACUAUGUUGAAACCAGCAUCAGGAAGUCACGGGUGCUUAGCCGCGCCCCUAAAGCGCUACGCGAUGAGAUCGAGGAGACAUUGACGCAAAACGCCCAGGGCAUGUUCAUAUGGGUCGACCUGAUGUUGCGAGAGCUGAGCAAGAAGACUCGUGCCAGCGCCAUCCGGGACCAACUGACCAAAGCUCCUCGAGGGCUGGACCAGAUGCUGCGCCAUGUUUUAGAAAAUUUCAGCACACUGCUGAAGGACGAAGACCCCGACGACUUGAACGAGAUGCUGGCGUGGGUGACGUGCGCGCAGCGUCCCUUAACCCUAGGCGAGCUCGACACGCUCCUCAAAAUCCGUUCCGCCGAGGGAGAUGGAGUCUUCAAUCUAGAAAACAUGCUCCGAAAGCAAUACGCCUCCUUUUUUACGCUUGUCCGCGAGGAUGGGCUGACCACAGCAGACCUGCAGGGGGAUAGCAGCCUCCUGUACAAGGCGGAGAGUGAGGUCAUUGACGACGAGGGUCUGGAGGAUGUCGAGAAUGAAACCGACUUUGACUCAAGUCUCUCCUCCACAAACGUGAUUUUCUGCCAUGCGUCCAUCGGUGAUUUCUUCCGCGACCCAUCGCAAGGCAAGGUGUCUGGCGGAGAGGACUGCACCCCUCUGGGCGUGCAGAUUGUUGAGGCCCGCGUGCACACGCUGAAGUUCUGCUUGGAAAUGGUUUGCAGUGUCAGAGCACCGCUCGAUCCAGAAGACAGCGAGUCAAUGGAGGCAUAUGCACUCAACGCGUGGGAUGAUCAUCUUCUGCAGGCCGUCCCGGUCAUGGAGCAGAUUGCCCCUGCCGACAAGCAGAGUAUUGCGAAACUACUCGUGCAGAUGCUCCGGGAUGAGGUGGUCACCAAGCGCUGGCUAUCUCACAAGUCCUCCGUUUUUGUCACUCGCGAGAACCUCGAUCCCAUCAUUGCCUUCCUCACCGACCGUUCGACUCGCGAGACGUUGGACGAGGAAACACUGGAGUGGCUUUCAUCUGCUAUUGAGCAACCUGGAGAGUUCUACAGGUCGGCCGCAACGCUCACAAUCAAGGAAUGGCUGGCCCAGGAUUAUUGGGCCCCCGAGGUGUGCGUGAAGACUGUGUUGCAGGUGAUGGGUUUGCUGGAUGGAACAACCGGAGGUGAACAGGGAGCAGCCGAAAGCAAAGAAGAAGAGGAAGUUUCGAACGAGAUACCCACGGUCGAAGAGAUCCGCAGAGCCGCCGAAUGGUUGCCCCUGGAGCAUUCCGCCAAUUGGCACCGCCGCGUAGCCAUGUGUCUCCGAGCAUACGGUCACUACGAAGCCUCCAUCGAUGAAUUUGCUCGGGCCUUGGAGCUAGAUGACAAGCUCUGGACUGCCCGCGAAGGCAUGGCGAAAGCGUAUAUGGAGCAGAAGAAUUAUACGCGAGCCAUAGUGCUGUUCAAGUACGAUGAAACCUAUGUGGAGGAUUUGCUUGCGCAGGGCAAAUGCGGUGACGAGGAGGGAUCGGGCCAGGCGAAUACUGACAGUCUCAGUGACACCUGCGAAGAAAUAGCUGCCUGUUACCUUGCAUUAUCCGAUUCUGAUAAUGCUUUGUUAUAUUAUCGCAAGGCGUUUGAGAACUCAAAUCGGCGGUAUGUAAACCUGCAGUAUUGCGUGCAGCUUCUCGACGAGCUGGAUGGUGGAAAUAGCGAGAUAAUCGUCUUGCUCAAGAACCUCGACGAUGAGAUUGAAGGCGACGAUAUAACGCGCAUGACAGAAUGUCUAUUCUCCCCCAACUGGUCCCAGAGUCCCUUUCUUCACACUUGCUUGGCGGCGGCUGCUCACAAGGCGGGCGAAAUUGAAUGGCUUGAAAAUGUCUAUCAGACGGCAAUCAGUGCCGCUAAACGCCGACGGCUACCCGUGAUUGCUUUGGCCCUGGACACCUUCCUCGCUGAGGUGUACUCCAAUUACAGCAGUGGCAAGGAAGAUCAGGCCAUGGAUAUCUGGAAACGCGUCAUGAACUUCCCCGUUUUGUCAAGUGACGCCAGUUAUCUGAUCCGAUACUACAAACGCAACGUCGAAAGCUCUUACGCGUACAAUCUGUUCGCCAAGGCCCUUAAAGAAGACCCUGCCACUCGGGAGGUCCAUAUCCAAGCAUUGGAUGCCUUAGCCAAGCAUACCGCAAUGGAAUUAGAGGAGAAGCCGGGUGACAUCUUGGCUAAUCAAUCUGCGAUGUAUAUGGGCGUCUGGCACCGUUUGCAGGGCCGCGAAGACGAAGCGCUAACUUACUUCCGACCGUACGUGAGGAGCAACCUGAUGCUACUCUCGGACGACGACCCGGACAACGACCAAACGGCGUGGUUUGAAUUGGCGCACGUGCUGGCUCGUGCAGGCCUGGACUCAUAUGCUCGUGCUAUUUUAUACACACAUCACAAUGCACUUAGCGAGGACGAGCUGUCCAGCCCCGCCGACGACUCCAACGAGGGCAAAAAUGUAAAUGAUGUCGCCGCAUUGACAGCCGUCCUAGAAAAGCGCAUGGCGACGGCGUGGCAUAUCCCAAGUGGAGAUGGGGUGAGCGGAUCUGGCGUCUGGUACUGUGAUGGAUGUCGACGGAGCUGGGGAAACUGGACCGACGCACAUAUAUGUCGCUACUGCCAGACAGACCUCUGCAGUGAGUGUUUCCCACGGAUCGGGCAAGAUGACUUCAAGAUCUGCCAUGUGGAUCAUGACUGGCUGUACAUGACAGCACCGGAAAAGGUGGCACAGCCGGGGGAAAUUUACUUCGAGGACCGGAUGAUGUCAUUUGAUGAGUUCAAGUCAUUGCUGGCGGAACGUAUUAGAUGA